AUGUUUCAAUGGAAGAUUCUCGAUAAUUUGGACUUUGACAGGUUAGAUCUUGACUAUUUGGACCCUGACACUAUCAACCAUCUCAGCUUUGGAUUCAAACUCGAAGAGACAAGACUCUUGUUUUUAUGGGGCCAUCUAUUCCAGUGCUUCUUGAAUCGGAUCCAUCCUGACCUAGUCAAAUUCUAUUGUGAAGGAGAAGAGUUUGUGCGUAGAAACAAUCCUCACAUCGAAUCUCCCAAAGAACUCGGACAAAUUGUUAAAUACUUCGAUUUAUGUUUGUUUUCUCUCUUCAAGAAAAUCACGAACCUUACAGUGAUGAAUGCUAGUUAUAUGAACAUAACAAAAGGAUCUUUGCUUAAGGAGGCGUGUGAAUCUUUCUUACCAGAAAUGAGCAAAUUCACAUGGAAGCUGGCAGAUUCCGGUGAAUUCAUUUUCAACAAUUACCACAGAUUCAAAAAAAUAUACCGCAAGAAGAUUCGAAAGUAUCUUAAAUCUCCCGGACUUGAGGUUAUCCAUUUAUACUGCCACCUUCGUAGGCAAGGGUAUACUAAAGAGACUGUUCAGGCAGUGUGGAGGGAUCUUCACGAAGCUGAUGAGAUAUUCCCGAAAGGCAAAACUGUCUUGAAAUCGUUUGAGCGCGAUGUGUUUUACAAACUCGACCAAUUCGACUCUCUUGCCGAUCUGAUGAAAACAGCAGCGUCACACAAGGUCAAGACGAAGCACAGUAACAAGAGAGAAAUUCUAAACGGAAAUCUCCUAAGAAAUCAAGAGACAAUGAACAUCUGCAAACAGGUGAAACUCUCAAUUUCGUAUACGAUUCAGCCAGCGAUGCUCAUGUUGUGA